AUGCGAAAUUCGAAGAACUCUGCUGCUGCAAUGAGACCUGUGAAGGAGGAACCUAUGGACUUAGACAAUGACGAUGAAGUGAGUGAGUGUAUGAUGGAUACUGAGCAAACUGAUUCUUCAACAAAGUCUGCCGAUGCUAAUCUCUCCAACAUGCAACGGAUUUUUCGUGCUGCUGCUGCUGCUUCUAACGAUGAUUUGGAUACCAAAAUUAAUCAUCCGUAUAUGAUGUUGUUGGAUAGUUUUAGAGAAGAUGGAGUUUCAUAUCUGAGAGAUAAUCCGCUUAGGUCUAUUAGGUAUGAUGUAGAUAACGGAGGAUACGACAAGCGCGGUUUCAAAGCGGUUCAAGAUAAGCAGAGGAGUAGAGAAGAUGGUAACACUGUUCGUGUGACUAAGAAGAAGAAUGUUGAGCCACGACCUCGUGCUGAAGCAAGUACUAAGAAGACGACUAGAGAAGCGGGUUCCGUUUUAAGGCGAAGAGAGUGUCCCGUGACUGAGAAGAGUGUGAAGGAAGAGCUUAUUACAAGUCUCGUGGAAAGAAACGCACAACACAAUGUCGGAGCUAGCGAGAAGGAGAUGUCGGAAGGAGAAGUGGUACCUGAUGAGAAUUACAGAUCUCAUCUCGCAUCGUUAGUGGAGAAGUCGAAACGUUCAAGAACCAAUCCUGACAAAGAGAUACAAGUGAAGCGUGAGGAAGAUGCAAUGUCCAUGUCUGGUUCAGACAUUGUUGCGGUUCAAGAUCGUCCGUUUGGGGAUGAAGAGGAUUCUCCGUUUGUGCCAUCGAAAAGUUGUAAAGUGGUUGAUUUGGAAGAAGAGAGUGAUGGUGAUCAACCCAAUUCUUGGUUUAAGAAGGAGAUAAUGAAUGUUCUGAAGCAGCCAUACAAUGAAGAGGAGUACGAUGAACUUUACGAGGAAGCAUCAGUGCGUAGAGUGUUGACCAAACAUGUGGAACUACGAGAUGGAAGAGACUUUAGUUGUCCCACGGGUGAAAAGAAACCUUCUUAUCUUGAUUUGUAUCCAAAAUUCAAAAAGAAGAUCCGGAUGUUACAUGAAACUAAGCGUGAAAAGGAUCGCCGUAUAGCUCUGAACCUGUUGCGCGGGUUUAUCUUCUACUUAACGAAAGUGGCUCGUCAUGAUGCAUUUAAACCUUGGCUCAAUCGUGAAUGUUUGAACAUCACGUGUUCCUGA